GUUGAAAUCUGUUGCCUGUGAAGUGCCCUCCCCCUCCUUUCGUAACACGCAUAUACUGAUAUACUAAAGAAAGUUGCAAAGUUUUAGAGUUUAAGAAAAGCCCCCAACAGUGAGGGAAUAGUACAUUGUAGUAGGAAAGAAAGUAACACCAUGGGAGCAGAACUAUCAACUGCAAUUCAAGAUAAGAUAAUAGAGCUUGAGAAACAAGUUACGUCCAUGAAGAUCGAGGUGUCGUCUACAAAUGCCAGUUUAGAUGCGUCGAAAAAGGAGGCAGAAGAGCUCAAAGAACAGCUAUUGAGUUGCGAAAAGGCCCAACAAGACAUGGAAAUGAAACUGCAGAAGGUAUGUGAUCAACUCUGUUCUACUGAGUCUGAAUUAGAAUCUAAUAAGCUUGAGUUAGAAAUUUCUAAGAAAGAAUUCAACAAGCUUCAAGAUCAACUUUCCAUAUAUAACAAUCAUAGUCAGAAUAUUGAAAUGGAACUACGUAGAGUACAAGAUCAACUUUUUGCAACUACUUGUGAGUUGCAAUGUGCAACUGAUCAAUUAGAGGCUUCGAAGAAGAGGGUAAUGGAGCUUGAGGAAGAGAUUUGCAGUUGUAAGAAGGAAACUAAAGAAGUGGAAACGAAAUAUCAAAAUGUGCAGAUUCAGAUUUCGGAAUAUGAAUCCGAGUUAGUAUCUACUAAGAACGAAUUGAAUUCCUCGAAUGAGAAGGUAAAAGAGCUAGAGAUUCAGCUUGUGUCUUGUAAGAAUGAAAACGAAGAUAUGGUAAUCGAAAUCAGAAGGAUACAAGAUGCAAUUUCUAGUAUGAAACUUGAGUUAGAAUUAGCUAGAAAUCAACUAGAAUCCUCCAAUAAAAUGGUAAUAGAACUUGAGGAACAAGUUUUCAAUGGUAAAAGAGAUGGUAAAGUUGUGGAAGAAGAGUUACAAAAGGUACAAGAUCAACUUUCUGUAACCAAUAAUGAAUUACAUUCAACCAAGAUGUUGUUGGAGUCUUCUGAAAAAGAUGCACAAGACUUGAAGCGUCAAUAUAAUAUUUGCAAGACAAAAGUUGAGCAUAUGGAAGUAGAGAUAAAAGAUGUAUCUGAUCAUCUUGGUUUGAAGAAUAAUCCCAAGGUGAAGUCCACUGAUAAAAAAUCAGAAGUUUCUAUAUUACAAAAUGAGAUUGGUCUUGGUCAUGUGUUGGAGUUUAAAGAUCAAUUCGACAUUUCGAGUUGGGUUCUUCCGGACACUCGUGAAAUUCAUAAUAAUAAGCACAAUGAUGGACCAAUGUUCAUAUCAAUUGACCAUGAAGAUGAGUAAUUUACUCAAUGAGAUUUAUCAUGUACUUUUUAGUUUUAUGACUUCGUUUUUAAUAAAUAACUUUGAUGCAGUGUUAAGAAGAUAGACAUGUCAGUAGCAUAGAUCUUAUAGCAUCUUCAUCAAUGAAAAUUAUCGCUUAAUUACUAUUCUAUAUUAUAAGUAUCUAUAUUUAUAUAUUCUUCUAAAUAAAUUUAGUAUAGAUCAUGAUUGUAAGCAUCAAUGAUUAGAUCCACUACCUCAAUAGA